UAUUAAUAUAUUAUAAGCAUUGAAUGUUGUUAUUUUCUCUUUAAAAAGAAACCUUGUAAAUUUAGUACAUUUCAAAUUUUAAAAAAAUAUUUAAAAAAGGAAAUGCUUGAUAUACCUGUUUAGGCAUGCCCUUAAGGGUAAAGAAAAAUAGUUCAUGUUGAAUACAAGUAUUGUCUUAAAACACAGGAAAGAUUUUUUUCCAUACAAUUUUUGGGCCUUUUAGUUUUAAAGUGCUCACAAAUAAUUCAUUAAGAAUAUUUACAGGUUUAACAUUUCAUAAUUAUUAAUAAUAAUUGUAAAAGCAAAUAAAAAGCAAGUUAGCUCUAAAAAUUAAUUAAGUAAACUCCUUCAUCAUUUUUCCUGUAUUACUUUCUAACUAACACAUUUUUAUACAUUUUUAGCAUUUAUAUCUACAGGCGUUAUAAAAGACAUUACGAAAAUGUCAGGAGAUCCAAAUUUGAUCCUCUUCAAAUUACAUUUUGUUUUGUUUAUAUUGCUAGGUAAGGUGUUAUGUCAUUAACGAUAACAACGGCACAAAUUCGAUUUAAAGUUAAAACAAAGAUGAAUAAUCUUAACCUUUCUAUUAACAUUUGUUUAGCUAUUUCCUACGAAAUAAGUUAACAUUUUCGUUCAAUUGUGCCUGGUGCAGAUCACUUAAGGCAGUCUUCAAAGCAGGUAUAAGACCCGAAUGCCCUUAAUAUUUCUCCACUAGGAAAACAAAAAUACUUAAUGCAAUUUGUCAUAAUGUUAGCUUAGUAAAAAAUUUCAUCAUUCCGUUAAAAUCUAAUCCAUUUUAUUUAGUUAAGCGUGCUUUAAUUACUAUAUUAUUAAAAUUUAUUUAUUUGGAUGGCUAUGUUUGAAAAAAUUGCAAUAAUUAAACUCAAAAUUAUAUUUAAAAGUGUUAAAUUUUAAUUAGCUUAUUAUUUUUAUAUGUUACCAUUAAAAAUACAAUUCUUUGUUUGAAAACCAUUAAUUAAAAAUAAUUUAAAAAAAACAAAAAAACAAAAAAAAAACAAAUGAACAAAUAAACUAUUUAGUUAAAAAAAAAUCACGUGUAAAAAUGUAGGCAUCAAUUCAUAUUAUACAAUUUAUGAACAUUUCAUUAAAUUUAUUCUAACAUGCAGGAUUGAGCCCUGGCACAAUGUUAGCCAAACUAACGAUGACAAGUAAUAGCGUCUGCAAAUAUGGACUUCUUAGUAACAUUGAUGAGAUUAAAGUAUCUUAUCAUCAUUGCAAUAAAACUUCACCAGUUGAUUCAGUACAAUUUUCAAUUAUAAAAGACUACAAUGCGAUUUCAAAGGUUCUGUAAAAUUAACGUAAUAUAUGGUAAAGUAGAAUAUGGGGAGGGCUGCAUUUAGAUUGAAGCAUUAAAAAAAAUAAAGCGCAGGGUAUGGAAAAACCUGAACUUAGACAAGUUGAAACAGCGUACGUUUCUGAUGAAAAAUGUAAAAAUUUUUGACAUUUAGAUAUUAAGAACACAACUCGGCUUUGUAGGAUCGGACCACAAAUUAUUCAAAUCUAACAUCGAAUCGUUUCUAAUAAGGCAUUCAAUAAGACAUACGAAUUUUGAGGAUGAUGUUAAAUGCAAAUAAAAAAACAAAUAGGCCUACAAUUGUCAAAUGUUUGAAGCCUGUAAUUACUUGGGAUUGAAUUUCAAAAAAAAAUUAAUGCUUAAAACCUAAAGAUGUUAUAUUUGUCAAGCAAACUUGUCGUUUCGUCAGCAAAAUAGACGUCGUUAAGCAAACCUUGUUCUUUUUAUAGGAUACCUUUAAUUAUUGCCUGUUUGUUUUGAAUAAUCGUCGUAGCGCUUCAAUCAUGCUUAAAUUACUACUGUUAUUUAUAUAAUUUCAUGAUUUACAUUUUAAAUAGUCUUAAUUUUUUGUCUUUAAAACAAACGGCAAAUAUUUUCGCUAUUAACAUUUAGUGUAUACAUUAUUGACCAAUAUACUUUGAAGAUUUUGAGGCACACCGUUUCCUCUGAUGGAAAGUCAUUUAAUUGCUGGAUCCCAGUUCUUGGAGCUUUUAAUGGGGCUACAAUACAGGUUACAAAAUAUGGCAGUAAGGAAGAGAACGAAAUAACAGAAUAUAGGAAAUUUCCUGAAAUAAGUGGUAAGUUAUUUGUGUUAACAAUUGUUUAUUUUUCAUACAGUAUAUAUCUAAUUAGUCUGUAAUUAAGAAUAGAAAUUAUAACAACGUCCUAUAUAAAUAUUUUAUUGUGCGUAUUCUAGGCAAUUGGGAUUAAAUUAUGCAAAAUUUAACCAAAAUCCGAAACGCUCAAUAACUUCUUCGAAAUCUUUCAAAACCUAUAGUAAUUGCAAUGAGCGAUGAGUUCUCAAGUCAUCAUUCCUCUCCUUAAAGUAACAUCUCCUCAUCCUCAAUAGCCCUCUUUAUCUCCUCAUCUCUGUCUCUGAAUUAUCUUAAUUUACAAAUCUUUAUCCUGUAGAUACAGUUACGCACUUGCAUCUAAUAUGAGAAAUUAAUCUCCUAUUUUAAUUUCAAUUUGCUCCUUGUAAGCAGUGCCUAACAGAGAACGAUACCAUAGAGUCAACAAUAUUAAAGAUACGACACCCAAAGCAGAUUCUAGCUACAAUUAAUAAGAUUUAUUAUGUCUUAAGAUAAUUACAAAAGAAAAGAAAUAUCAUUACAAAUCAUCAAUUUAAAGUAUGGUAGAUCUUGUACCGGUACACAGUUAACACAGUUAGAAUAAUGUGACAAUGAAUAAUGAUGAAAUGUGAAAUAAACACAUAUAUAAGAACACAAAGAAUAAUACACGUAUCGUGAAGUUAAUAAAACUUAUCGUAAUCUCUGUCUCUCCGUCCAUGCCUGUCAAUCCCUUAUAUAGGUCACGUAAGCCAUGCCUUCCAUAAAACACUUAUGGCGUGUUGUUUACAUUUCUCGGGCUAUCGAGCACAUUCGAGAAAAUACCCGGAAGACUGUCUAACAUGUUUAGUUGGUAAACACUAGUGUAAACAAAAUACAUCAAACGAAUAGGCCACGCCCACAACAGAAGUUACUGUCUGCUCGAUUCUAAUUUAGGUCAAGUAAAAUUCAAGCACGGGGUAUGUAUGCUACAUAACACCUCACCUCUUAAAAAAAAUUCAUUUUUCAAAAAUGGAAUGUUCUCUCCAUUAAAAAUUGAAGAAAGUACAUUUCUUACUUUCGAAAUAUGAGACAAAAAGCUUCUUAACAGCUUAUAAACAAUAAAAUUAGUGAAAAUUAAUUUUGGACAAAGUAUCCGCAAUGACAUUAUCUUUGCCUUUAAUAUUUUUGAUGUCCAAAUUACAUUCUUGUAAAAAUAGGCUCCAUCUUAACAAUCUUUGAGUUUUGGAGACCAUCUUAUUCAAAAAUGUUAAAGGAUUGUGAUCAGUAAAAACAAGUACUGGAUGUAAAGAACAACUUACAUACAAAUCCAAUUGUUGGAGUGCAAAAAUUAAACCUAAACAUUAUUUUUCUACUGUGGAAUAGUUGUCUGAUGAGAGUUAAUUUUUUUUUUAAUGAGAAAAAAGAGACAGGAUGAUCUACACUGUGGUCAUCUUCUUGAAAAAGAACUGCACCAAUGCCAACAUCACUGGCAUCUACAGCUAUUUUAAACUGUUUGUUAAAGUCUGGUGCAAUAUGAACAGGAGUAUUAGCAAUUAUAUUUUUAAUGUUUUUGAAUGCUUCCUGACAAGCAUCUGACCAAUACAAUUUUGCAUUUUUUUAACAUAUUGAGAAGCAAUACCUGAGAAAUUUGUGCAACAUUUUCUAUAGUAACCCACCAUUCCCAAAAAUCUCAUGAACAGUUUUCUAGAAAAGGUUUGUGAAAGUGAUACAAUAGCAUUUAUCUUAGCUUGAACAAGCUUUACAUGACGCUGACCCACUAUGUGACCUAAAUAUUUCACAGUUGCAUGACAAAAUACACAUUUAUCUAAAUUUACAGUUACAUUUGCCUGCAAAAUUUUUUUUAAACAGAGAUCUUAACUGUUUUACAUGAGUUGAAAAAUCUUGACUUUAAAUAAUUACAUCAUUAAAUAUAGGCGCUGCAAUUUUCCUGGUCAGCAUUAAUGUUAAUUACAAGACGUUGGAUUUAAGCCGGGGCAUUUUCCAUUCCAAACGGCAUUUCUUUGUAUUGGAAUAAAACAUCUGGAGUACAAAAAGCAGAGAUUUCUUUCGCUCUGUUAGAUAGAGGAACCUGCCAAAACCCUGAUAGUAGGUCUAUCUUGGUCACAUAUUGUCAUCACCUAUUCGAUCUAUAAGUUCGUCUAUCCUUGGAAUCGGAAAGGAAUCAGUCUUUGUAAAUGCAUUCAUUUUUCUUAAGUCAGUACAAAACCUGUAACUUUUGUCAGGCUUUGGGACAAAAAUUCAUGGUGAACUCCAGUACAAGAGCUUGGUUCAAUCAUGUAUUUUAUUUCAGACCGGAUUAUUUCAAGCUUUUCCAGAUUGAAAAUAUAGGUGUAUUGCUUGACCGGAACUGCAUUGCCAAUGUCAACAUAAUGUACAGCAAUGUUCGUUUUAUUAGGCACAUCAGGGAAGAGUAAAACAAAAUCUGCAAUAAGAUAUUUAACAACAUCCUUCUCUGACAAUGACAAAUGUCCUAGUUUCUUAUCUAAGUUGACAAAUACUUCUGAAUUUUUAGUUUAUAAUUACCAACCUUUUCUGAGACACUAUCAAAGGUUUCAGCAACAUUUUCUUUAAGUACUGAAGUUACAGUUGAAGGUUUCGAGGAUGGACAAUGAUAAUCACAUUUAAUUUUCUAUCAACUUAUUCUUUAAACAUAUUAAUGCGAAAUAACUGUUUCUUUCUUUUACGAUCUGGUGUUAACACAAUGUAAUAUAAAUCAUUAAUUUUGGACUCUACUACAUAAGGACCAAAAUGUCUAGCUUUUAGUGCCUGCCCUGGUAUCGGCAAAAGCACAAACACUUUUUCCCUAAAGCAAACUGUCUGAAUUUUGACUUUUUGUCAUACCAAACUUUCAUUUUAGAUUGUGAAUCUUUUAAAUGUGUUUUAGCCAAAUUAAUGGCAUUAAAAAGUUUACUUUUAACUUUUUGGACAUAUUCAAGAAGUUCUUCCGUGGGUGUCAAUGACAUCCACAUGUCUUUUAAAAGUUUAAGGGGACCUCGAACCGUGUGGCCAAAUAACAGUUCGAAGGGGCUGAAUCCAAGUGAUUCUUGAACUGCUUCUCUUGCGGCGAACAGUAGCAUGUUGAUGCCUUCAUCCCAGUCUUUCUCUUGUUCUAGGCAGUAGGUUCUCAUCAUGUUCUUCAACGUCUGAUGGAAUCGCUAAAGUGCUCCCUGUGACUCAGGAUGAUAUGCACUCGACAAGCAGUGCUCUAUGUCCAAUUGGUUCAUGACUUGUUUGAAUAGUCAAGCCUUGAAGUUGGUUCAUUGAUCAGAUUGUACCAACUUUGGAAGACCAAACAAUGUAAAAAAACUUCGUCAAGGCUUUGAGGAUGUUUGGAGUCUUGAUUUUGCGAAUUGGAAUAGCUUCUGGUAAACUUUUUGCGCACACAUGAUUGUCGGCAAGAUUUUGUGACCUGAUUUUGUCUUUGGCAGAGUUCCAUUGCAGACUAUAACCACGCUACUGAAAGGUUCUUCGAACGCUGGAAUGGGUUAAAGAGGAGCUGCUGGUAUCUUCUGAUUUUGUUUCCAUACUUCUUGACAAGUAUGACAUGAUCUGCAGUAGUCAACCACAUCUUUCUUGAUUUUGGGCCAAAAGAAGUGUGACGUGAUUUUGUGAUAUGUCUUGUUUACUCCCAAAUGGCCUGAAAGUGGUGAAUCAUGGGCUAAGUUCAGGACUUCGUUCCGGAAUGGUGUAGGAACGACUAUUUGAUGAACUAUCCUCCAUUCUUCGUCAGUUUUUGCGUCUGGAGGUCGCCAUUUUCUCAAAAGCAUGUCAUCUUGAAGGUAAUAAAAUACAGGAAAUUGUUCAGCUUCUUCUUGGGUCAAAGCGUUCUCUCGAAGUUUGACUAUUUCUGGCUCACACUUCUGCUCUUCAUUAAGUUGCAUUCCAGUUGGAGUCUUGUAAUUACCAGCCCCUUCAUUUAGACUGGCGAAAAAUGUUUUUACCAGGUCAAAUUCAGGAAGAAUGUUAUUGCAUUUUUGUGAAAUCUCUUUUUUGGGAGUCUUUGAAGUCAUGGCCCUUGUCACAGCACAUGCUUGAUACAAUUCUUGAUCUUCUUCCUGAUUUUCAGUUAAACAAUUUUCAUGAGUAACGAUGGGUUCGGCUAUUGCCUUCCCACCAGCUAAGUCAUUGCCUAGCAGCAACGAGAUGCCGUCCAAUGGUAAUGUUUGUCAGACACCCACAACCACAGGUCUUGAAACUAGGUCUGAUUUCUGAUUGAUGCUAUGUGAAGGUACAUCACUGCAUCCCAGCUCUACACCUCGUAACAGGAUGUUGCUCCCAGUAGCAGUAGAUUCAGACAAGGAAAGUAUGUCCUCAAGUAGCAAGGACUGUAAAGCACCUGCAUCUCGUAAAAUUUUGAUUGGUCGUAGACUGGACAAAUCACCUGGCAGUGAUACGAAUCCUUCCGAUAUGAAAGGCAUGAAGUCUUGUAUGACAUAAGUAGUUUCUCAUGUAGAAUUUUGGACCUUGGUAGGUAAACUCUUGUUGGAGUCUUGAGAACACUCGGCUAGGUUAGAGGAAGUAAAACUCUGGGUAGAGUCGUCAAAACUUGCACACAAGUCCUCAGUAAGACGCCCCCUGGAGGUAGACCUCUUCUUGGAGCAAAACGAUCUUGGCGACAAGCUCAUAACUCGCAGUCGAAGCAGGAACUUGGCUGGAGUCAGUAAAACAAGCCUUAUUGUUCAUUUUGAAACUCUUUGAUGAGUCGUGAUAAACCUCUUUGAAGUUUGCAUGGACAACUGGAGAGCAAAAACUCUUGAAUUUUGAAAAUGUGUUUCCAGAUGUAUGACGAGACGUACAAGCGGAAACUUUGUGUUGUGUACCAGGAAAUAUGGUCUUCUCAGUGUUCUUCUUGAGUUUUCAGCACUUAUCCCUCGUAUGUCCUUCUUUUUACAGUAGGCACAUGUGUCUUUUUCACUUGUUUCUUUUUACCAGGCGUGUAUGAUUUUUAUGGAGGUUUACUGUAAGUGGAUACGCUUGUCUUAUUGUGCCUGUCUUUUCUGGUUUCAAAUGGGUUCCUUGAAAGUUGAUGUCAGAUGGUGACGUCGUCAGCUAACACUGUGCUGUGUGUGCGUCACCUUCAACACGGUCUGCAAUAUGUAUUCGCACCUCUGUACGAACACAAUUCUUGAACUCUUCCAUCAGAAUUCUUGAACUUUUAAAGUCUGUGUAGGUGUUGGUUGCGUGGAGCCACUUGUCCAGGAGUCGUUCCUUUUCCCGGAGGAGCUUAACAUGAGUCUGGCCAUCGUGUUUCCACAGCUCCCUUAACUUUUUACGGUACGCUUCGGGGACACAUUCAUAAGCCUUAAGUAUUAAUGAUUUUACAAGGUUAUAGUCCCCGCGCUGUUCCGCGUUUAAAGACACAAAGACUUCAACUGCCCUUUCGGUCAAAGCUGGUUGAAGUAAGGUGGACCACAUAGUUUCAGGAAUUUUAAAAUUUUGGGCAGUUAUUUCAAACUGUGCAAAAUAUUGGUCAACCUCUUUUUCUCCAAAUUUAAUGAUUACUUUUGAAAAUUUAAUUGCAUCGCAACCAUGACCGGCUGGAGCCGUGAGUCUAUUUUCCUUUGCUCCCAUAUUGGCUGUUAUUUCCAUUUCUUUUAAUUUGAUUUGUAGCUCUUUCUGUGCUUCUAGCUUAAGCUGUUUACGCUCACGUUCUUUUUCUAGCUCCAGCUGUUUAAGCUCACGUUAUUUUUCUCUAUGGGCAUCUAUUUCCAUUUGUUUGAGCUUUAGUUGAAGCUCCAUACUAGGAUCAUGCGGUUGUGUGACUGAGGCCACUUCGUCCUCCAACAACACCUUUUCAUCAACUAAGUGGACGAUGAUCAUAUCUCGUACGGUCUUUUUUACUGCCGCUUGAGCUGCAUUCAUUCCUAGAGCUUUAGCAAUGGAAAAUAGCUCCUUCCUAGAACAUUUGUCUAAUGCAUCUACUGAUGGGUUUUCAACAUCAAAAUCCAUUUUUACACAGGCAAAAUAUAAAACUUAUUUUAAUUUUUUUUUUAAAAUAAGGUUAGUGAACACAUUUAUUAAAAUUAAAUUUAAAGAAAAUUGUAACCAGCUCUGUUGUUGGUACCGUAAAAUGGUAUUGUGUACUCAAAAUCAGUCUGAGUAUGUUAAAGUAAACAGUGGGUCUAAAUUCACAAACAAACACGCAAUGUAUUAUUAGUGUAUUAAAAGUUAUGGAUUCAGUUAUCCUCGGAAGAGCUCACAAUUGUUAAAAUUAAGGACUAAUGAGAAUAAAGUAUGGAUUCGGUUAUCCCUGGAAGAGCCCACAAUUUCUUAAAAUUGGGGACUGAAGAAAAAUAAUAAUAUUCAUUCAGUUAUCACGGACGAGCUACCACAAUUGUUACAAUUGGGGACUUGAGAGAAAUAAUAAUAUGGAGUCCGCUCUAUCCCGGAUGAGCAACCCAAUUGUUACGCACUGGCUUCUAAUAUGAGAAAUUAAUCUCCUAUUUUAAUUUUAAUUGGCUUGUUGUAAACAGCGCCCAACAGAGAACAAUACCAUAGAGUCAACAAUAUUAAAGAUACAACACCCAAAGCUGUUUCUAGUUACAAUUAAUAAGAUUUAUUAAGUCUUAAGAUAAUUACAAAAAAAAAACACAAAAUAUCAUUACAAAUCAUCAACUUACAGUAUGGUAGAUCUUGUACCGGUACACAGUUAACACAUAAUAAUGAGCCAAUGAAUAAUGAUGAAAUACGAAAUAAACACAUAAAUAAGAACACAAAGAAUAAUAUACGUCUCGUGAAGUUAAUAAAACUUAUCCUAAUCUCCGUCUCUCCGUCCUAGCCUUUUAAUCCCUUAUAUAGUUUGCGUAAGCCCUGCCUUCCAGAAAAAGACUUAUGACGUGUUGUUUACAUUUCUCGGGCUAUCGAGCACAUUCGAGAAACUACUCGGAAGACUGUCUAGCAUGUUUAAUUGGUAAGCACGGUUGUAAACAAGAUACAUCAAACGAAUAGGCCACGCCCAAAACAGAAGUUACUGUCUGCUAGGAUUCUAAUUUAGGUCAAGUAAAAUUCAAGCACGGGGAAUGUAUGCAACAUACAUGUAUACAUAAAUUCAAAACAAAUUUUCUGAUACAUUUGAUGGCCUCCCAUUGAUACAAACGACCCAUUAAUGUUCUGUCUUGUUGCUACAGUCAUUUCAAUGAUAAGAGUCUCUUUAUUUCUGCUAUAAACAUAUUUUUUAUUGUCAAAGCUGUUUUUUUAAUAAUGGAAAGUCCAAAAGACUCGCAACGCUAAAUGUACUUUUCUGAGUAAAAAUGCAUCCACAUUUAACAUUUGUAGCAUCUUAAGUCAUGUACACUAGUUAAUUUUUAGGUAAACUAUUUUACUAUACAAUGAACACACCAUCACGAUAUUCAAAUAUUUAAAAUACAAUUAAUAACUUAGAAUUGUGACAUUUUCCUUUUCUGUCAAGUCUUUUCAAUAACUCCCAGACUUAAUCAUCGCAUAUGUUCACUAACAGUUUACCUCUCUACUUUUACCGUAAUCCUUUUCAUUAUUUACUGAGAUUUUCGUUUCUUCAUCUUUGAAACAUAUGUAUGACCACAAAAUCACAAUUCAUAAUUAAAAAGACACAAAAAAAACAACAACUAAACUUAAACUUAGAGAUUUCGUGAUACAAUAAAUUAAGAAUAAUCCUAGGAUAAUAUAAAACAAAUUGUGUUCCAAUAUUUAUUAUUUACUUAACAUUAUUCAAGCAACGUUAUGUAUCAUUCUUAGAUGAGAUUACAAAUAAUUUUAAAAGAGAAAGAGAAAUUACGUACUGCUUUUUACAGAUGUAACCGACGCCAAGGGACGUCUAUUUGUCAAUGGUCGAGAACUGACCAUACAGCACGGCCACUGUGCAACAGAAGUUUCUGAGGAUUUUGUAUCAGUUAUUUUUUCAUGUGAAAGUAAAGCAACACCAUGUAUGAUACAACUGUCGUCUAGUGUCAACAAUGAAACCUUUGGAGGCGAAAACGUUAUUUACUACCAAACACAAACUUUUCCAUCUAUACUUGUUUUAAAUGUCAAGUACGCAGCGUGUCUUUUGGAUAAAGAAGUUAACCACUUUAAAUGCUUGAUUGCAGUAAAAAGAAGUAAGUUAGAGCUAUUUUUUUGAUAAUGUGUCACACACAGAAAUGUAUUCGAUGUUUAAAAUAAUUUACAUUAUUUUUAUUAUUAGUAUAAAUUGUAUUUACAAUAAAUAACCUAUUUUAUUAUUAUGAGACUCUUUCCCGUAUUACUCGUGCAAUAAUUAUACACCAGUUACGCUCAUCUGUCAUUGCGUAGUUUUGCUUGUUCUUGUUCAAAUUUUGACGAAUUGAAACUAUAAAUAUUUAUUUUAAAAAAUCUAUAAAAGAACUGUCCUAUCUCUUACAUCAUUUAAUUGUUCGAUAUUGCCAUCCUCAAAACAAUAUUCUACUUCCAUUUUAUAUAAAAUUGCACUUUAUUUACUGAAUGGCCGUACUUUCAAAAUUGGGCAUGCCUCACACACAGAUAUCUGUUACAUAAGGUUUUUUUGCCGUUGGGUGGCCGAGUGGUCUAAACUGAGCAAAUCUCAAGUUGAUGGUCUGGAGUUCAAUUCCAGCCAUAGCCCAGUCAAGCAAAAAUACAUCACCAGCACCCCGGGUGGAUGGGAUCCGUUAACCCUGGCUGUUAACUCAUCUAAGGGCCGAGCUGGAUCAUCCAAAUAAUGUUCCAUUGGAUUAUCUAGCGGUGUGGAUUUCGUGGAUUUUUUCAUCGGAAGCCCACACCAUCGUCACAGUGUGCGAGCAAAAAAACGAAAAACAACAACAACAAAAAAAAACAACUUUUCUUUGUAAGGCAAACAGCCAAAACUGUAUUCUCUAGCUACACACAUUCAAAAUAAAUGGUUAAAAAUAAUUGGAGAAAGGGGAAAUGUUGCCACUUUUAACACUCCGUAAAUGUUACCACUUGUGAUCCGAGCCUCCGUUAUUUCAUGUCCAGCAGUUUGGGAAUCGGGAACACCCAGACCCAGACAUCCAAUCAGAAAGCUCAGCAGAUACGACACGCCUGUAAAAAAAUUAAACUAAAAAAUGGGCAUAACAUCUUUACUUAAACUAUUUAUGACAAACUAAUAAUUUGGAGCAAUUUUGCAUUUAAAUCACUUAGGACUUAAUGUUUGCAGUAACUGGAUUAAAAUAUUUGAGGGCAAAAAUUCGAUUCAAAUAUGCAAAUUAUAAACAUUAAAUUUCUGUUCAAUGUUGUAUUAAUAUUUUGUUUAAAUUUUUCCAUUUUUAUUAUAUAUAUAUUAUACUGCUAUUUGAAAUGAUUGUAAAUAAAGACUAUUUAAAAUUAUCGUAUUGCUUAUAAGUCACUGAAUGAAAAUGUUUAUUCGUUUCUUAAGUACUAUCACUGUUAUUAUAAAUCAUAAAUUUUUUUACAGAUAUAUGCAGGAAACAUACAUUCACGUUUACAGCUCUAUCUGACGUUGAUUUUUACUCUAUGCAUAGCAGAACAAGUGAUAGUGUCUGUAAAUCUGGAGUGCUCAAUAACAUUGACAUGAUUCACUUAACUUGCAUUGUUCCAUGUUGUCUAAAUAUCGAUGGCGAACACACAAUGGAAUUUGCACUAAUCAACGAAAAAGAAUAUAAACCAAAUGUAAAUAUUGACAUCUCUUUUAAUGCAUUCAUAUGUACCUGGCUGUUAUUUGUCUUUUCAAAGAAUUAAUUUUAGAAGUACGAAGAAAAAUUAUUCUGGCUAUAAAUUUGCUGUGUACAUGUGUAUCUUUUUUUUUUUUUUUUUUUUUUUUUUUUUUUAAUGCGGUUCAAUUUUUUUUUUUUUUUUUUUUUUUUUCUUUUUUGCAAUGCGGUACGAUUAUUUUAUUUAUCAACACACUAACACGACUAUUUGUAAAAGCAUAAUAAUGUAUAACGGUGAAUCUAUAUAAUUUAUUUUUUUAUCAAGGCAUACUAAAUUAUUCUGAAAUUGUUCGCUUCACACCUGAAAAAAUGUUUUAAAAAUGUGGGUUAAAUAUUAUUUAUUUUAUAAUAUUCAUUUAAUGAAAAUGUUGAGUCUGCUCUCAAGAGCAUAAAACAUUGAAGCAAAUCUCCAAUAUUUACAAACAAGUUCGCAUUUUGUCAGCGAUCCGAAGAAGUCUGUGUCACGUUUUGGAUUUGAUUUCAGUCAAAGUCGAGAAACUGAAUUCGCAAAACCACGGAUUUACCAAGAACAGAAGAAUUUUGCAUGCUUUAUAAGUGAUUGCAGGUUAUGAUUUCUUGAAUUAAAUCCAAAAUUUGUCCAAGCACUCUUCACUAAAAUUGACUGAUAAAAAAUGUAUAAUACCUUGAAUCAAUCACGUACUCUCCCUCUUCAAUUGUAAGGUUCGUUAAUUCCAAUUAGAUUGAUAACUAAUCCAUAUUCGCCAAGCUCAAGUGAUGGGAAAUUGCUUGAAAUUUAAACUGUAGCCCGCUCAGAGUUUCGAGAAUUUCAGGAACUAUUUUCUGCUUUCAAUGUUACUCAAUGAGUUUAUGGAAAACCAAGGUUUUGUUUCAAAGUUUUACGUCUCCAAAGUAACAAAUUCUGAUCAGAAAUCUGUAGCUUCAAUCUUUGAAAAAAUAUUUACCGUUUACCGAUGAAUAUUGAAUGCGCAAUUUCAGAGAAUUUAGUUUCUUGAAUAAAACUGAGAGACUGAACAUUUAGCCAAAAAAAUUUGUGAUCAAAAGAAAAUUCAAAGUCUAGUUCUUCGACCUCAAAGAUAUAGUCCGUUAUCCCUCACCAGCGUGGUCUGCAAACUGUUGGAGCACAUAAUCGUAAGCCCAGUCAUGAAGCAAAUUGAACGCCAGAAUAUACUCAAUGAAUAUCAACAUGGCUUCUGAGUCAAUAGAUCAUGUGACAUCAAGCUCCUUGAAUUUGUAGAAGACAUAUUGACCAAGCAGCUUAGCUGAGUGUGAAAUGAGCUGGGACUUGGAAUGUCACACUGUGAGUCUCUAGAAUUUGUACUCUCUAUAUCGCCAUUAAGAACUGUAUGGCCAUAUACUUGAGCCAAUUUCCUCCGUAAAGUACCUGGGUGUUACCAUUCAAGGAGAGGUUCAGGAAUAAAUAAGUGUUUCUAGCAUGCUGGAAACUCUAGGCUGGUCACCAUUGGAGGAACGACGACGACUAUUCAGGUUGUCCAUAAUGCACAAGAUAAAUAAAGGUUUGGUACAUUGCUCCAGCAUUAAACAGAAAUUCGUCCGUCCCCCCAUAGACAAAGACUAGGUCAUGACAGACAAUUCCAGCUCUUACCUGGAAGAACAACAACACAAUGCACAGACAUAUUUCAAAUCACUUCUACAUGCAUAGGUGCCAGAAUGAUCAGUAUAUUGAUCGUGGGCCUUUAGUAUAUAGAGAUGAAGAAAAAGGUAAUCACUUAAACUUUUUAGCUUAGUGAAACGCCUGAAAAAAUUUCCUUUGUUACCAACGAACUUCCUUGUUGUACAGAAAUUACUUGAACUUUAAAUUCAUCGCAUUACAAAGCAAAAAGAAAAGUCAAGAUUGAAGCGGUUGAAAUUUCGGAAAAUUCCGGACUUGAAUGACUUAAUUCAUGACAGACUGCAAAUAUUUUGGCAAAGUUUUCAAAAUUUGUUUGAUAAUGGAAGCGGAAUUUUAAUAAAAAAACAGAACUGGUCAUGCAUUAAAAUAUAUUUGGGAGGUUUUGAUGAUUUCAAAAUGAGUUCUUUUUUUAAAAAAAUAUACAUUAUAUAUAUACAAACAUUAUUUGUAUGUAUAUUUUUCAUACCUAUGUAUACCGCAAUAUAUAUAUAUUUUCUAAUUGUUUACAUACAUACUUAUUUUAAAAAAAGUCAUAACUCAAGCACCAUUUAAAUUGUUGUUUUUUUAAAUAAACAGAAUUGGGCAGCCUUAAAUACACUUUAAUUUGAUAUUAAUGUUUACUGACAAGUCGAAAAUCAUUUUCCUUUUUACUCUGUAUACUUCCCUCCCCCUAUCACGUGGGAUGCACACAAAAAAAUAAUAUCAAACAGAAAAUAAAUUUCUUUGAAUCCCUAACAUUUUUAACGAUAUAUUUUGUUAGUUAAGACAAGCAAUCAAACAAAAAUAUCAACUGUUUUAAUAUUUUUCAAAGCUCUCGUGGCACACCUGUGAAAUUGUUGCUGAAAACGAUUGUUUUUGGGUCACAUAAAUUUAGAAUCACUGAUGAAAAGGUUUUAAAAAAUAGGAAUUUAGCUGUAGGAGAAGAACCAUUAUAAGCUAAUUUUCAUUUGAAUAAUGUGUGUAUAAAUAAUUUUAUCAUUAAACAUUUUUAAUAAGAAGAUUUAACGUUCAGUAGAUUUAUUUUCUUAAAUCGACUUUGCAUAAAGAUAUACAAUUUUAAAACAUGCAAAACAAUAUCAAAUAAAAUAAUAUUAAAAGGUAAAAUAUAUUUCUCUCUUCAUGUUAAUAUAACAUUUUCCUUCCAGCCUUGGCCAUUGUUUAUCGAUAAAGAAUGCAUCCCAAGUAACGAUGUGUGCUAUUUGAAUGGUGACAACAUUGUAUUUUCCCGCAAGAUUUUGGCAAACAAAAAUUUCAAUGAUGCUUAUUUACGAUGUUCUUUAAAUAAAUGGGAAGGAAUGCAGUCGUACCAUUUACCAAAAAUAUACGGUAAAUAUAAAAUGAGAAAUAAAACUAAAUUUAACUACGUAGAAAAAUAUAUUUAACAAAAAAUUUGAGCUUAAAUAAAUAGUUUAUCCAUUGAAAAGAAUAAUGAAUUUAAAAUCAAAGAAUUGAGAUAGUGCGUAUGCAUAUAGUUAUAAACUUAAACGGCAGAUAAUAAUUUUUUGAGAUGUUUAGUUAACGAACAAAAAUCUUAAAUAAUGGACAAGGAAAUAAUUUAAAUAUGUCCUCUCCUUAAAUUACCAGUCUCUGAGAGGAUUAGCACCAAAAAAACACAAUUUGUAUAAUUUAUUUCCAGAUAUAAAGGAUGCACAAGGCAAACUGUUUAUAAAUGGUAAACAAAUUUCGUUAAAUAAACAAUGUGAAACUGAAGUUUCCAAUCAGUUUUUGUCAAUGAUAUUUCUUUGUGAAAGUAAAGCAACUCCUUGUUUGAUAGAAAUCUCAACAAAUAACACAAAAGAAAUAUUCAACAACAUGGCUGUCUUUAAUGAAAGCUAUACAGAUUCUUCUGAACUUAUUUUAACCAUAAAGUUCGCUGCUUGUAGAUUGGAUAAAGAAUUUCAUCAAAUCUCCUGCAGUAUAAAAGUAAACAUAGAUAACACAAUUUCAUCAGGUAAUUUGUAACUUAGAGUUUACCCUUUAUUGAAUGGUAAUUUACGUACUAAUAUACUAACUAUUGGCAUUUAUAAUUUAAGAAAAAUAAUAUUUUAAAGAUACCGAUUAUAAACCCCACCCCAAACGAAAGUAUUAAAACUUUAUAAUCUUGUUAUACUUAUAUUUAUAAAUUUAUGCUGAAAACUGUCUUUGUUCCUUAGUUCCAAUUUGGUUAUCUAUAGUGAUAACAUCACUGAUAUCGGUUGUUGCAUUCCUUCUUGGAGUGACAACGAUAGUUUUGCAUAUGUAAGUAUAAUAAGAAAAUCAUUUUUGAUUCUAGAGUAUGUAAAAAUACGUUCAAAUUACGUGCCAAACAUGUGGGAAUUUUACUUAAACGAUUUUAAACCGUGUUAACGAAACGUUACUGAUAAAAGACUAGGGUCAAAGAUCGUCUAUAAAAAAACAAUAAUAACAAAUAAAUCAGCUUUUCUAGGAUAGUUACUGUUCAAAUAUCAUAAAACAAGAGAGAGAAUAUAAGAAUUAGCUGUAAAGAAGUGUUGUAGUCAUUUAUUCCAUUUCUUUUUUUUUUUUAUUUGGGGGCGGGGGGGGGGGGUAAAAAAGCCCUUUGGCCUUUUUUUUUCUUUAAAAAGUAGACAUAAAUUAUAGGCCUUAUAAGCUUUGAUUUUUAUUUUUUUUUUUUAUUUGGGGGCGGGGGGGGGGGUAAAAAAGCCCUUUGGCCAUUUUUUCUCUUUAAAUAGUAGACAUAAAUUAUAGGACUUAUAAGCUUUGACUUAUAUUUUUAUUUUCAAUUAUUUGUAAGGGCAGCAUUAAAAAAAAAUUCCCAUCUGAGUCUGUUAUUAAAAUUUGAUGUAUCUUUAAAUCACGGUAUAAUAUUAAAUAGAGCGUGGGUUAUUUGAUUAAAAAUGUGAAGUUUGGAUCUGUUUUUUUUUUUAUUUUAGAUAAAGCUAAUGGGAAAAUCUUGCGUGAAAGAAGUCAAUGUUGAGAAACAAUAUAUUCGUACCUCAUACACAUACUGUGCUCUACCGUACAGUAAAUUAUAUACCGUUAUCUUCAAUGAUAAAUUGGGGUUUGGUGUAAUAAAUAAUAACUGUACAGGCUGCUGUAUCUUUUCUUUCUGCAAAAUUGUCUGUGUCAAAACAUAGAUCAUGGGCAAUUAGAAUUAAAUCAGAGGUCACUUUCUUCUUUUAUAUAAACAACUACACUGACCAAUAAAUUUGAUGACUUCAUUACUCCAGUCACGCCAAAACACGUAUACAAAAAUCUUGAUUUUACCGGGAUUAUGUGGCUGAGGACGGUAAUGUUUCUCCAUACAAAACGCAUCGCGUAAAAUAGUUAUAUAUUUUUACGGAUUCCUUUUCGGGUGUUACGCACUGACUUGUAUUGGGAGAAAUUAAUCUCCUAUUUUGAUUUUAAUUUGGUUCGUUGUAAACAGUGCCUAACAAAGGACGAUACCAUAGAGUCAACAAUAUUAAAGAUACGACGCAAAACAGUUUCUAGUUACAAUUAACAAUAUUUAUUAUGUCUUAAGAUAAUUACAAAAGAAAAGAAAAAUAUAAUUACAACCUUCAACUUACAGUAUGGUAGAUCUUGUACCGGUGCACAGUUAACACAGUUAGAAUAAUGUGCCAAUAAAUAAUGCGAAAUAAACACAUAUGGGCACACAAAUACACAAAGAAUAAAACACGCCUCGUAAUGUUAAGAAAAUCUAUCUGAAAUCUCCGUCCUUGUCCGUGCCUGUCAAUCGCUUAUACAGGUGGGUCUACCGACGCCUAAGCCCUGCCUUCUACAAGCUACAUGACAUUUCUAGAAAAAUCCCAUCUAUUCUACAAAACACUACUUGGAACAGAUUACUUAUUUUUAGUAGCUGGCGGUGUAAACAAGAAUACAUCAAAAGCCUAAGCCACACCCCUUUGUGAACACAGCGUCUCAUGCGGGGUCAAUCAGAGGGCACGCACGAGAAAUAUUAUGUAAAUAAGCUCUCUAUAACACGGGUAACCGAAGUUUUGAAUAACUGGCAUUUCAAAAUUUUUUGAAAUACUCUAAAUAACAUUUUUCCUUUUAUUUUCAAUUUGUGUUUAAGUCAACCUCAUUACAGGAUUAUUUUUAAUUACUUGAAAUGUAUCAUCUUCUUUUAAAAUUAGCAAAAGCAGGCUUUUUUCUGGACUACUAGGAAGUAAGUCAAUUAUCAACACAUCUUUUGUAUUAGUCUAUCUCUUAUUAUUACAUCGUUUCAUUACACGCUCGUUGUCUUUCAGCACAUCUAUUUCUUUCCCUCCUUACAUAUUUAUUAUGUAUUUCGUAAAGAAUAAAUUUUAAAACAGGUGGUGUUUAUAAUGAUAUUAGUUAAAUUUUAAUAUUACAUUGAAAAUGUCAAUAGAGCAUACUAAACUGAUGGGACUCAAAUUUUUCCUCAUGGAAAUGUGAUUUUUAAUCUAAAACUUUUCGUAAUAUUUGCUUCUGUUUUAUCGUCGGACCAUUAAAUUUAAAAAUAUUUUUGCUCUUUACUUUGCAUCUUUAUAUUAGAUACUUAAAAUGAAUGGUUCGGAUUUUAAAUGAUUACUUUUAAAUAUAAAAUUGAUUGAAGUUUUACGUUAAAAAAAAUUAAACACAAUCUAGUCACUUUUUACAACAAUAAAAAAAAAAUAAAAAAAAAUAAAUAACUUUUUAAAAAAAAAAAAAAAAAAAAAAAAAAAAAAAAAGUGUUCUCUUCUCUUAAAAAUUGUUAUAUUACCAUAUUAUUUUAUUAUCACAUACAAUUAACGUCCACUGCAACUGAUUUAUUAAAAUUAGCGAUUAUAUUAAAAGAUAAUUUUAAAAAAUAGUUUCAACUUUCAAAUUAUUUAUAAAAAAUAUAUACGCAACACAAUAUGGCAAUUAGUCUAUACAUUUUACGUCAACUAAAUACACAAAAUCAUUUUAAUGAGAACUAUUUAAACACUCUUUUUCAAAAACAAUCACUUUAAGAAAUACAAGAUUAACUGUAUUAUAGAUAGUCUAUAUUUAUGUAACUUAUAGGAAUUCUGCAUUGUGUGAAGAGGAGAUGAAAUUUAAAUCAUGAAGGGACAUAGGAGUAAUUACGUUUAAUGGUAAGAAAAUUAAUAGAAAUACAGUUUUAGUUUAUGGUAUCUAAAAAAAGUAAAUGAAUUAUUAAGAGUAAAAUAAAUUAAAUAAUUAUUUAACAUUUACUAAUCAAAUGUUUCUAAAUUUAUAGUCUAUUUUUUCUAUUGGUAAAAUCCAUCUCCGAAACCAAAAGAAAAAAAAAAUAACUGUGAUACUGUAAUAAAAACAAAAUUUAAAUAAUUGUUAUAAUUUUAAUUUUUUUUUAAAAAUUGAAAGUCAUGCUGGUUUUGUUCUGGUACAUAUUUAUCUUUAUCAGCUUGUAGUAAGUUGAGUAAAAACUUUUUUUAAAAGAUAGUUUAAACAAAAAAAUUAAAUAUCUUUGCUUUAAAAUGUCAUUUGCUGCUGGUGAAAUCUUUGUAAAAUUACAAUGUCACUUUCAGCUUGUUAUUAAUUGUGAUGUUAAUUUGCAUAUAUUUUAUUUUAACUAACAUUAAGCGGAAUAGUUUUAUUUUAAAAUUCUUUCAUACAACUCAAUCAUAUUUAUUUGAUUUAUUUUGUUAAUGUGUCUCCUACUAUUUUCAAACAACGUACCAUUUCAUUGCUUAAAAAAAAUGAAACAUUUAGUUUUUGUUAUUGAAACAAAAAGAAAAUUUUAGUAAUUAAAUUAGCUUAGUGGUUGUCUUAUUUUUUUUUUGUAGUUUAAGAUUUUACAAAGGAUGUCUGGUUUUAGUUUUGAAAAGAAAUAAUGUUUUUGGUUAUUUAUUUUUACUAAGCAAAGAUGGGAUGUUUAAAAAUAUUUUUUCAUAUAUAUUUUUGAAAAAAAUAAUAAAAAGUAAUAUUUAUUUUAUAUUAUAAAGUUUAAAAAUAUUGAACACUCCGUAUGAUUUUGCAACUUGCUUUCAUGUCUGACCUUAGAUCAUGGGAAAAAGGAGGGGGGGGGGGUUUCAACUGACUUUAAGAACUAUUACUGACAAAAAUAUAUAUUAAAAAUUGAUAGCCAACACAAAAAGGGGCUGUUAAAAAUAAAAUAAAAUGGCUCACGCUAUUUAGAAAUAAUUCCAUGGCUGAUUUGUCUCUGCUGCUGUGAAUUAUGCUAGGUACUAAUAAUUAAAAAGGAAUAUCACAUUAACGAAUAGUAAAUAAUUGAUAUCACAGGAUAACCAUGCACAGUAACAUAAUAAACCCAUCUGAAACAUAUGAGCCAGAAUGAUCAAUUCAUUGAUCGUGGGCCCUCAAAAUAUAGAAGAAAAUAAUAUGUUUUUCAAGAACCGCAAAGUGCUUGCUCUUUACGUUAUUAAUAUGUAAUGGUUUUGUCCCUUUUACCAAUUGAUACAUUUAUUUCAUCUGGAAUAUAUUAAACUACAUACUUUUAGAUGUCCCUUCUGAAUUUUUUAAAUUACCUUGUUCAACCAAAAGCAUUAACUUUUUAAGUAAAAGAGAUAUAACCGUUAUAAUUGUAAAUGGGCUAGUUCAAGAGACCUCAAAGUGCAGCCCAAAGGCCAGUUCCGAAUCGCCAAGCAUCCAACGCACUUAUCUGCCAUACAAAUAGCAAGUACAAAUAUGCUAACGAACAUUGCGAUCUCAUCAGCAUAAAUGAUUACUUUACUCAUGUUGCAUUACUAAAAGUUUUAAAUUCAUUAAAGUUUUAAUUUAUAAAAAAAUAUGUGUAUCCUCUUUUUAACACCAAACUUAAAUAUGUGCAGUUUGCAGUGAACCGUCCUCCUGAUGAAAAAGUUUGAGGAACCCUGAACUAGUUUAAGUUUCUAAAACACUCAUACAAAAGUAGAUAAAUCAAAUGUAACAAUUUCAAACAUGUUUCAUUCAAGAAAUGUAUUAAUUAUAAAUAGUUUGGCAUUUUCCAAUGUUUAUAUGUCAUCGAAAGUUUAUUUUUUUUAAUAAGUCCAUUAAUCGAUUUACUGUGAUAAGCCAAUUUUUGUGUUGUUUAAUUAUUUUUGAUGACUUUGCAUGCAUUUUAAUAGUGUUUUAGGUUUAUGAAACAUUUUUUUUUUGAGUAACUUUUAAAUUUCUGAUAAUAAGACCUCUCUCUUGCUUAUUUCUCGCACACUACACUGAAGCUGUUCAUUUUGAUUUUUUUCCUGUAUGUGUUUGUUUAAAAAGGCUUCUCUCCAACACUUUUGUUGUUUUAUAACCUCUUUUUUGAGUUUCUCCAAAACUGCCCUUCCCAUAUUCCUUUCAAAUUUCUUGAACAUCUCUAUUUUAAACAUAUAUUGUUAUUACCUUUGUGCCAUUAAAUAAUUUAAGCUAUUAUUUUUUGUUGUUUUGGUUUUACAUUCCAUUACUUACUUUUUUAUAAUCAGUUUUACAAACACAUUAGAUCUGUUGUUUUAUUAAUUAACUUUUUAAUAUUAAAUUUGUUUUAAUUUGUAUAUAUAUUCGCUAAUACCCUCUUGUUUUCUAUAUUAAAAAGGUGUUUCAUAGAUUUUAGUUACUUGGUCUUAUAUAUAUGUGUGUGAAUCGUUUAUUUACUUUUUUUUCUUGAAAAGUGUAUUAACUAUCCAUUACAGAAACAAGACAAAACAAAAAUGUACAGUAGUACAUUUUGUGAUAUGAAUCUCGAGAAAUAUAUAGAUCAUUUAUGCCGGUAUUAAUGUACGUCAUUAAAAAACGUCAUUUCUGCAAGAUAAAUGAAUUUUUCUUUUGUUUUUUAUCUUACCGGUACCAUAAUCAUUAAAUUACAAUUAAGACCAAAAUUUUAUAAAGAUACAUUUAACCUUUUUUUAAUUUUUAGUUAUAUUAUG